AUGACCAAGGGAACUUCCAGUUUCGGAAAGCGUCACAACAAGACGCACACUUUGUGCAGACGUUGCGGUCGCAGAUCUCUCCACAUCCAAAAGCACACCUGUUCAGGAUGCGGUUACCCAGCAGCCAAGACCCGUCAAUAUAACUGGGGUGAGAAGGCCAAGAGAAGAAAGACCACCGGUACCGGUCGCAUGCGUCACAUGAAGGAAGUUCCAAGAAGAUUCAAGAAUGGAUUCCAAACCGGUGUACCAAAGGGAGCUAGAGGACCAGCCACUAAAUCCGAGUAA